AGGGGUUGGGACUGUGCAUUUGGAACUGUGGUUAGGGAUAUGUUUGUGCAAGACAGCAGGUGUGCAACUGGCUGCCAAUGUAGCUGUGUGUGUGUGUGUGUUUGUCUGGGACUGUGUGGAGGGGCAGGGUGUGUGUGGGUGUGAGUGACUGUGGGGGGAUGUAUAUGUGUUAAGGACUGUAGGAGGGGCUGUUUGUAUGUGUAACAGGGACUGUGUUUGGGUCUAUGUAAGAGGGACUCUGUGUGUGGGGGUGUGACUGCGUCAGGUACUGUGUGUGCGUGUCAGGGUCUUUGCGUGUCCCGGGUCUGCCGAAGCGGCUGUAAGAGUUGCCGAGGGCGGAACUUGGUGUAAAGCCUUCACAAUGGGGACGCCGGGCGGGCUGCUGGUUCGAAACGCCGCGCAGGUUGUGCUGGUCUGCGGGAAUGGCGCUCAAUACCUCAGCAAGGGGGACAUGCAGGACAUCGCACUCAUCCCUGGCGGCAGUCUUGUGAUCGGAAGAGAUGGGCUGAUCGAGGCGGUGGGGCCUACACACCUUAUCCAGUCCCAGUAUCGAGGAGUGGUCUUUGACCGAGAAAUAGAUGCCAGUGGAAUGUGUGUUCUGCCAGGUUUGGUGGAUGCACACACACAUCCCGUGUGGGCUGGAGACCGGGUUCACGAAUUUGCAAUGAAGCUGGCAGGAGCAUCCUACAUGGAGAUUCACAAUGCUGGAGGAGGGAUUCACUUUACUGUGGAACACACCAGGAAGGCUUCAGAGGACGAGCUGUUCAACAGCCUGAAGGAGCGACUACUGUGUAUGCUGAGAGCAGGAACCACUCUGGUUGAGUGUAAAAGUGGAUAUGGUCUGAACCUGGACACCGAGGCAAAAAUGCUACGGGUGAUUGAGAAAGCUCGAAGUGAGCUCAGUGUCGGUGUCUCCUCCACUUACUGUGGUGCUCACUCUGUCCCCAGAGGGAAGACCAUGGGAGAAGCAGUGGAUGCAAUCAUUAAUGUUCAGCUCCCCAAACUGAAGGAGAUGAUGGCAAAUGGUGAAUUCCACAUUGAUAAUAUUGAUGUUUUCUGUGAAAAAGGAGUCUUUGACCUGGAUGCCACCAGAGCCAUUUUACAGGCUGGGAAGCAGCUAAAUCUCCAGAUUAAUUUUCAUGGUGAUGAACUUCAUCCAAUGCAUGCAGCAGAGCUUGGAGCUGAACUUGGUGCUGCUGCUAUAAGCCACCUAGAGGAAGUGAGUGAUGCCGGAAUAGCUGCCAUGGCGACUGCAAAAUCAUGUGCUGUGCUUCUCCCAACCACUGCCUACAUUCUGAGGCUUAAAACCCCACGUGCUCGGGACAUGCUGGAUGCUGGAGUGAUUGUUGCUCUGGGCAGUGACUUUAACCCCAAUGCAUACUGCUUUUCUAUGCCAAUGGUUAUGCACAUGGCCUGUGUAACCAUGAAGAUGACGAUGGCCGAGAGCCUGGCGGCUGCCACCAUCAAUGCUGCGUACGCUCUUGGAAAAUCCAAAUCCCAUGGCUCUCUGGAAGUGGGCAAAGAGGGAAACAUCCUCAUCAUUAAUGCACCCAGGUGGGAGCAUUUGAUUUAUCAGUUUGGAGGUCAUCGGGAGCUAAUCAAGUAUGUAAUUACGAAAGGAAAAAUUGCUUAUGAAAAUUAAAGAUGUUUUGGUUAUUAACAGUGUGGAAGCUCCUUACCUGAGGUCAUUUAACAAGGAUAUUGAUCAUGAAUUUGAACACCCACAUUAUGAACAAGUUUAAAAGUCUGUAUAAACUUGGACACCAACAGAAGGUCAAGACUGAAAGAUGACUUCCAGGGUCAUCUGUUAAUAUCUUGAGAAAUGUCUUAAUGUUUGCUUAUUGAUUCAUGUUUUGCCAUACCUUUGAGUGUUGUCACUAUUUCAAUAUAUGCAAGAAAUAAAUAGUCUAUAAAUAAA